GCAGGGCGCGGCCAGGGAGGGGGCGGCUCAGCCUGGGCUGGCGGAGGCCCCGAUGGCCUGAGCUUCGGGCGCGAGAGACCGUCCCAGACCCGGAUUCCUUGCGGCCUUCGUGGGAUCCCGCGGGGCCCCUCAUAGCCGUCCACGAGCCUCCCGGUUUCCUCAGACCCUCGGGCUGCUCCUGCGGGGCACCCGCUCAUGGAUACUCACAGGUGCCCAAGGCUCCGGAGCUGUCCAUGUAGACGUCCACGGACGCCUCCACCGCCAGCCCUGCACUCUCAGGCCCACGGCCUGGCCCCUGUCGCCUCCCUGUCUGGGCACGGCCCUGCCCUUCUCUGGGCCGCCUCCCGCUGCACCUGACGGAUCACUGGGGUCCUGGCCGGGUUGUGGCUGGAGGCUCCAGGAGGGCGGGGCCUCUGCCUCUCCGGGCUCUGGGCUCUGGGCUGGCGCUCCGGGCGGCAGCAGAGCCCAGGGGUGGAGAGCUGGUGCCCUGCAGCCGGCCUGCGAGGGCCGUCCGAGACCUGCCACUUUCUAGCUCUUUGAUCCUGGGCAGGUAACCACACACUCUGAGCCUUCAUUUUCUCUUACAAAAUGGGCAUGCUGCUGCUGAUAAUCAUGUAUCAAGCACUUAUCCUGCAUCAGCUCUUGUUCUCAAACCAAUCCUAGAUGCUAUUAUUAUUAUCACCAUUUUGUGGAUGAGGAAAAUUGAGGUUCAAAGAUGUGAAGGUGACUAGGUCACCCAGCUAAUAAGUAGCAAGGACUGGAUUGGAUGCCAGGACUGUGUGACUCCUCACCCCACUCCCUUAUUUUUUUUUUAUUUUUUAUUUUUUUUGUGAGAAAGAUCAGCUCUGAGCUAACAUCCGUGCUAAUCCUCCUCUUUUUGCUGAGGAAGACCAGCGCUGAGCUAACAUCUAUUGCCAAUCCUCCUCCUUUUUUUCCCCAAAGCCCCAGCAGAUAGUUGUAUGUCAUAGUUGCACAUCCUUUUAGUUGCUGUAUGUGGGACGAGGCCUCAGCAUGGCCGGAGAAGUGGUGCGUCAGUGCGCGCCCAGGAUCCGAACCCGGGCCGCCAGUAGCGGAGUGGGCGCUCUCAACUGCUAAGCCACGGGGCCGGCCCCUCACCCCACUCCCUUAACUUCUGGGUUCUUUGGCCUCAUAGAAUGUGGUGAGAAUGAAAGUAGAGCAUGUACGUAAAUCGCUGAGAACAGUGCUGGGGACACACUGAGGGCUCAUUCACAGGGGCACUGAUAGCUUUUGGAGACAGAACUCAGGUCUCCACCCUCUGAACUUGUCCCAUGAGGCUGUAGUCUAGGCCAGACAGGAGGGGCUUUUCCAGUGAUAUUGGGGUGGUGGCCUGUGUCCCCACGGGAUUCAUAUUCUCAGUACAUUUUCUUUCUUGCUCCUUAUUCCAGCUUGGGCAGGGCAGCACCACUGGAGGCAGUGCCAACCUGGAGAGGGGUCUCUUUGGAAGUUGCUGUGCCCUGCUUGGCUUGCCUGUGGCCUUGUCCCAGGGUUUCAUGGGCUGGGUGUGUCCCCUUCUGUGGUGGGGGUUCCUUCAACGGCAACACCCUAGUGCCAAGUCAGACUCAGCAAGUGGAGUGGGAGGGUUAAGAGGGUGGCACCUCAUUGCUUGGCUUGUGACUGUGAGCCAUGUGGAGGGGACUGCCCUCUGUCAGGUGGCUUUCAGGGGUGAGUCAUGGCUGUGGUUUGGCCCUUUGUUUGCUCAUUAAUUGAACAAACAUUGUCUGGGCUCCUUCUAUGUACCAGGCUUGGGUUUGACCUUGAUGUGGGACUGCAUGUGAGGUGAUGGGAACUGGCAAACUUUUCCAGAAGCAGAGGAACAUCUCCCCAUCCCUCUGUGCAAACAGCAAGGCAUCUGGUGUAGACCCUCAGGUUCACGUUCUGGCCCCAGUGCUCACACACCUGGGUGGCCUUGAAUCUCAAGUCGUUUUUCUAGAAUGGGAAUAGUCGUUUCCAUUUCCCCAGGGUGCUGGUUGGAUUUGGUGACAUCCCGAGUGAGGUGCCUGGCACACAGUAAGGACUCAGUGAGCAGGAAGUCUCUCCUAUAGGACCUGGGGCAGGCACUAGCUGGUCAGUCCAGAUGGUGAGGGGCUCAAGAGCGAUGGCCCUGAGGUGUGGAGCCCCUCUGGGAAGUCCCACUCUGGGUGUCUUCACCAGAGCAGGGAGGUGCUGCCUGUUUGGAAGUCAGAGUGAGAACAGAGUGGGCACGGGUCAGGGUGCCCACCACUCCGUGUUUGCCGAGGGCUGGCCUCUCAGCUGGAGCCCUGUGGGCACCAGCCCGCUGACCCCUGUUGUACUCUGCAUACACACACUGGGUCGACCCACUUUACAGAUGAGGAAACGGACCCAGACAUGGUCACUGAGGUGCCCAAGGGCACAUGCAAACUCCAGCAGUCUUAAACUCCAGCAGUCUUAAACUCUGGGCCUCCACCCUCCCCAGACUGGCUUGAGUGAAUCCCUCUGCCCCCAGCGGCUCCGUGGGCCUCUCUCCUCAUUUCUGAAGUGGAGGCUUUGGGCACGACAGCCUCAGUGGAUUCCUGCAGCCUAAGUGUAUGGUCGGGGCCACCCCCUGCUGGAUGUGGAUGCUGCUCUCUCUGGGGUGGGCGCUGCUUCUGCAGACCUCCAGAGGAUGGGGCUGGCACCCUAGGCCCUUGAGAGUGUUCUCAGCUGCCCUGGGAGGGCUGGGGAAGGUGCCUCUGGUUCUGAUACCACCCUUGGAUGGAUUUGGCCUGGGGCUAGAGGCCCUCCCAAGCCCGGGUGACCGCAGGCUCGUUGCAGAUGAGGACGAUGUGCACAGAUGUGGCCGCUGCCAGGCGGAGUUCACCGCCUUGGAGGACUUCGUUCAGCACAAGCUCCAGAAGGUGUGCCAGCGGGCCCCUCAGGAGGCCCUGCCCACCACCCCUGCCACUGCUGCGCUGCUGGGCCCAGAGGUGGUGCCAGCGGCAGGCCCGGAGGAGCCCAUCACCGUGGCCCACAUCGUGGUGGAGGCGGCCACUCUGACGGCAGACAUCACCCACACGCCCGACAUUGUCGGCAGCGGACACAUCAAAGAGGUCAUCGUGGCCACUGAGGCGGAGCCAGGGGACAGCGAGAUGGCAGAGGCCCCAGGCAGCCCCAACCAUCAGGGGCCCGGGCUCACCGGGGAAGGCGAGCAGGCCCAGGUCAAGCUGCUGGUGAACGAGGAUGGCCGCUACGUGUGCAUGCUCUGCCACAAGACCUUCAAGACGGGCAGCAUCCUCAAGGCCCACAUGGUCACCCACAGCAGCCGCAAGGACCACGAGUGCAAGCUGUGUGGAGCCUCCUUCCGGACUAAGGGCUCACUCAUCCGGCACCACCGGCGGCACACAGAUGAGCGCCCCUAUAAGUGUGCCAAGUGUGGGAAGAGCUUCCGGGAGUCGGGUGCGCUGACCCGCCACCUCAAGUCUCUCACCCCGUGCACGGAAAAAAUCCGUUUCAGUGUGAGCAAGGACAUGGUUGUUGGCAAAGAGGACACACCUGCAGGAUCUGGCGCCUCCACCGUGGGGACUGUUACGUCGUCAUCAGUGACCAGCGAGCCCAUGGAGACGUCGCCCGUGAUUCACCUGGUGACAGAUGCCAAGGGCACUGUCAUCCACGAAGUCCAUGUCCAGAUGCAAGAGCUUCCCCUGGGCGUGAAAGCCCUGGCCCCGGAGCCCCCGGGCCCUGAGGAGCUUCCCUGUUCCAGCGAGGGCAGCCGUGAGAACCUGCUGCAUCAGGCCAUGCAGAACUCUGGCAUCGUUCUUGAGCGGGUUGCUGGGGAGGAGGGGGCCCUGGAGCCAGCCCCUCCCGCCGCGUCCAGUCCCCAGCCCCUGGGAGGGGGUCCCCCAGAACUGCCGCUGCUGGAGGUGGAGCAGGUGGACACACAGGUGGCCAGCGAGGCCUCAGCUGUGCCCAGGACCCACCCGUGCCCUCAGUGCAGUGAGACCUUCCCAACGGCGGCCACCCUGGAGGCCCACAAAAGGGGCCAUGUAGGGCCCAGGCCGUUCAUGUGUGUGCAGUGUGGCAAGGCCUUCCCCAAGGCCUACCUGCUCAAGAAGCACCAGGAAGUGCAUGUGCACGAGCGCCGCUUCCGCUGUGGGGACUGUGGAAAGCUCUACAAGACCAUUGCCCACGUCCGUGGCCACCGGCGUGUCCACUCAGAUGAACGGCCCUACCCCUGUCCCGAGUGUGGCAAGCGCUACAAGACCAAGAAUGCCCAGCAGGUGCACUUCCGGACACACCUGGAGGAGAAGCCACACGUGUGCCCGUUUUGCAGCCGAGGCUUCCGGGAGAAGGGCUCCCUGGUGCGGCAUGUGCGGCACCACACAGGCGAGAAGCCCUUCAAGUGCUACAAGUGUGGCCGUGGCUUCGCAGAGCACGGCACGCUCAACCGGCACCUGCGCACCAAAGGGGGCUGUCUGCUGGAGGUGGAGGAGCUGCUGGUGUCCGAGGAGAGCCCUGCAGCAGCUGCCGCCGUCCUCACCGAGGACCCGCACACUGUGUUGGUUGAGUUCUCGUCAGUGGUGGCUGACACCCAGGAGUACAUCAUUGAGGCCACCGCAGAUGAUGCGGAGACCAGUGAAGCCACAGAGAUCAUUGAGGGCGCCCAGACGGAGGUGGACAGCCACAUCAUGAAGGUGGUGCAGCAGAUCGUGCAUCAGGCCAGUGCCGGGCACCAGAUCAUCGUGCAGAACGUGACCAUGGACCAGGAGGCGGGGCUGGGCCCGGAGGCAGCUGCUGCCGACACCAUCACCAUUGCCACCCCAGAGAGCCUGACGGAGCAGGUGGCCAUGACACUGGCCUCGGCCAUCAGCGAGGGCACUGUGCUCACAGCCAGGGCAGGCACAAAUGGCACAGAGCAGGCUACUGUGACCAUGGUUUCGUCAGAGGACAUUGAGAUUCUGGAGCACGCGGGCGAGCUGGUCAUCGCCUCGCCAGAGGGCCAGCUGGAGGUGCAGACGGUCAUCGUCUAGCGUGGGUGCCUGCAGGGUCCCGGUGGGCUGGUCUGGGGCAGGGGGUGAGGACCCUGAGCACCCUGCCCACACCUGCCUGGCUUGUACAUGGAUGGGGCACAGAAUUCAGGCGUUCAGAGGAGACGUGGGAGUGUAAAUAUACAGUUUUUGUUGCCUUACAAUAAAACAUGAAAACCCGCCACUUGUGAUGUUGUAGCAGUGGCAGCCUCAGGA